GUGCUCCCUGCAGCCCCGGCAAGUCCUCAAAAUUGGCUCCCUGCGAUGGUUGGUUUAUUUGCUUCAGUGUUCCAAUUAUUGUGAGUUGGCCCUUUUACUCCCCUAAGAUGGCAGAAGAAUCCAGUGGCUUUAGGAUGUCCCACAGCCUGGAAAAGAAGAAGAGAGAGAUUCUGCUCUCUACUAAGAGUGCUUGGCUUCCCCUUGAUGAGCAGCAGUCCCCACCCCCCAAGGAGGAAAGCCAGGAUUCUCGCAUCCCAGAAAUAGAGAAUUCUACACAAGAAAGCAUACAGCAGUGGUUGGACUCUGGUUUCUUUAUCACCGCACAUGAAAACUUGCAGCAAGCCACCAACCAAACGGAUUCUUUGAAUAAACAAAGAGUGGUUCCAGAGACAGUGAGCGACUAUAUGAGAUCCUUACAACAGUUUUCAGAGACUCCAGCAUUAUCCAGAGGGACCAGUUUCAGCUCCUGUCCUUCUGUGCCAAGUAUACCCAAAAGCAUUUCAGAAUGGCUGGAAUUCUGGCAAAAAGAUCCGGUGGAAAUUCUCCUGGAGCUGGGGUUCGGGGCCGAGGAGCCAGACAUCUGCACUAAAAUCCCAGCCCGCUUCCUCAGGGGCAACUCUGCAGCAAAAGGCAUCGACAUUCGGGUGUUCCUGGAAGCUCACAAACAGAGGAUGGAUCUUGAGACCCCCGACCUGUAUGGAAGAUUCCGACAGUUGGAAGUGCUGGACCAUGUGACUAAUGCCUUCUCCUCUCUGCUGAAUAAUGUCCACAGCUUGCAGAGGGAAGGUCAGGAGAAGGUACAGGCAGAGAAGCCCAAGGUGGCCCAGGUGACCGUGAUCCAAGACAGACAGAGAAGGAUCGGCCAACUCUUAAGGAGAGCCUCAAAACAGACGUUCAGAAGGGACUGCAUGCAGGGCCAAGCUAAGUCUAGGGUGAAGGAAGACCUUCCUGCCACCCCUGUGGAGACAGACAAAUGUCCCUCUCUCCAGUCCAUCAGGACGAACUUUGCUGACCGAAGCCACCUACGUCCUUUGACAGAAGAGCAACCUCCCCUGGCCAGCAAUAAGCCGGUGUCCCAUGAAGCGUCACCAGCUGUUCCAGGCAAGCCGUGGCCUCCUCUCUUGUCCAUGUCCCUAAAGCAGCCGCCCCUUCCUUGUACUCCAGAAGGGUCAAUAAGAGAGAGAGGCUUCCAGGAGAAAGGUCUGCUUCUGUCCCACAGACUCAGGCAGGUGGUGCACAUGGAUGCAAAGCCACCCGACUCUUUCGAAAUGGAAGAGGUGCAGAGCUUUGAGGAGGAACCUGGAAAUCCACUGGAGGUGACCUUGGGCACAGUCGGUGCUGGGGUGACGAGAGCCAGCAGCUGCCAGUCAGACAGCAGUGGGUUCCUGGAGGAACUUUCCGAGCCCUUCCCUCUACAGAUUUCUCCCUUGUUGACCAAUCAGAGCCUUAUCUGUGGAAGGCAAGAAGCUCAGAAUCCCUCCCUGGGACCAUCCCAGUCCCAUCUACAAGAACCGAGUGAAGAUGCCUCCCAAUGCAUUCUGAAUUUGCGUAUUCUGAACCAAGGCCAGAGUGACCGGGAAGAAAAGCUAUUUGCCUGUGUGGAAGAGGAUGAUUCCCUAUUAGCAGAAAAUUUAACCCAGGAGGGACCUCACAAGGAGACCCCCAUUGGUGAAGACCUGGAGAGGAAAGACAAUCCCACAUGGAAUUUCCCUCCAAGUCGCCAAACUAACUAUGAGGUGGAUGGAGGCACCAAAUAUGACUAUCCUGUGGGAUUUACUGUAGCCCAUAUAGUAGAAGUUAAAACAGACUGCCUAGAGGUAGAAGAGCCUAAGGCAAUGUUCAUUGGAAGGUCUCCUAGCAUCAUGGGAAGUAUGUGUGAUAAAAAUGCAUCAAUUCAUAUUGAUAAAGGUCAAUCUGGUUCUGAGAUCCCAAGAAAUGGGCCGGCUGGUCAAUGGGACCCUGACUUUAGCAGGUUGGGAUCCUCAUUAGAGAAUGGGAUGUUGACAACACCAAGGCAGGGAUUUCCCAUAAAGAGUGAGGUCCCUCUCCCAUUAGGUAGCCUUGAUGAAGGUUCUAAAACUUCCAUAUUCAACUCAGAUGAUGUAGCUGGAUGUAGGCCUCUGAGUACGCCAGGGCCAGUGCUUCAGGUAAAGCAUCUUCCAAGUCAGGCGCAAACGUGGGGGACUUCAUCCUGGACACUGAACCAAAUCCCAAUGGUUUCAGAUCAGUGACAAUUCAGAUGCCAUCCAAGCUGGUGUCUGGCAUCCACAGUACCACCUCAGGAGAAGGUCCUAGAAAGAAUACUUCAGAUCCUCUUCUCAUACCUUCAAAAUUCUGUAAGAGAGAGGCUUCUCUCCCAUCAGGACCAGGAGUAGAAGCCAGAGAAAGGCAGACCAAAGAAGCUUCAGUUCAAACAGAAAAAAACAAACUUGGAUUUCAAAAUUUGUGUCCUGCCUUAAGCUGCUGCUCAGUUGCGCAUAGAUGGCCUCAUCUCACCCAAUCUGUCUCCCUAGACAGUGGCACUCUGGGGUUACGUCGGCCAACCUCAGACUCAAAGCCAGCUGUCCAUGGUGUCCAGUGCAAUCAUGCCAGUUGCUGCUGCUGUUGCUGUCACCAUCACCAUCCCUGGGAUUGGCACCACUCUUGUCUUGCUUCCUGCUCAUACCAACACCACCUCCAAGCACAGCUCACCAAGACUGUGAAGAUCCUUCAGGAGGCUAUGAGCACUGUACAGGAUGUGGAGAUCUGGAGAGCAGUAUGUCAGAGUUUCCGGGAACACUCCGAGGAGAUUGGACAUCACUUCAUGAAGG